UUGAAGUGGGAAUCAUUGGAGGUGGUCACCUUGAGCAGCUGGUUUAUUCACUGCUGCAGCUUGUCCCAGUCCCUGCCAACAACCUGAGGAUCUCUACUAGGAGGCCAGAGGCCCUGGAGGAGUUCCAGAAAAUGGGGAUCCUGUGCUUUUACAAUAACUCUUGUCUGGCGAAUUGGGCCAAUGUUGUAUUUCUUUGCUGUUUGCCAUCUCAGCUGCCUCGUAUCUGCUUAGAAAUUCAAACAAGACUUGAGAAGACCUGCAUUGUGUACAGCUUGGUAGCUGCCAUCCCACUACCAGGUAUCUUAUUGAAACUACUACUGAACCACACCAAUAUCUUGAGACCUCAGUAUCAUUGUGUUGAAGAUUUUGACCACAUCUGGGGGACCAAUAAGGAAAUCAGAGCUGCGCUUCAGGAUCCUGUGAUUCUUCAGGCUACCUGCCCCUACAGUCAUACUGGGGGAGUGAUCUUCAAUAUCAAAUGGUUGGAGGGACUGUUCUAUGCAGCCCUAAACAUCUGUACAGCCAACAACAUGUUCUACUCAAAAGCACUGCAGGUUCUGAACAAACUAUUUCUUACUGAGCAAGACCAUGAGAAAGAUAAAACACCUUGCCCAAAAUUUCAGUUAAAACAUUUUGUCAACAAAAUGUAUGUCAAGAACUUGCUUCACAAAAGGCCUUUCCCCUGGUUUGAUCUGACUGCUGUGCAACUCAAGGAAACUCCUUUUAGCCAGUAUCUCUCAGCCAAUACUGUUCUCCAGGACCACCUUACCUGUCUGUAUUGUGACUCAUUUGGCAUCUCCCCAACCAAAGAACAAACAGUGGUUCCCAGGGGCUCUCCAUCUCAACAAGGGACCUCAGCAUCAGGAUUUUGUUUUCCCUCAAAGAUCAGCUUUGCAGUGUAA